AUGGUGAAAAAUAAAGCACAAGAGAGAGUCCCAAAAACAAGAGCCAGGGCUAAAACAAAUAAGAAAAUGCGAUUGUCAAUCAAUUGUGUAAUCGUCAUUGUGAGCAUGGUUAUUGCUGGUUGGUUUGGGUACAAAGGAUAUCUCGAAACAAGAGUUAAUACUCCAUAUGAUGGACAAAAGCUAGUUAAAUAUACAUCUGGAUUGAAAGUACCAGACAGAUAUUGGGGCACCUAUCGACCUGGAGCAUAUUUUGGUUUAAAAACAAGAGACCCUUAUUCCUUGGUGACUGGUUUAAUGUGGUAUUUUCCACGUUUUGUACGUUAUGAUGGAACUGGAUUUAGACACUGGUGUGAGCAAAGUGAUGAACUAAACAGAUAUGCAUGGCUGGAGCAUGACGGACGAACAUUUGGGGUUCAGGAAAUAGUAGAUAAUCACGUACUCAUAAGAACAACAUUCGUCAAAAAGCGUGGUGGAUAUCGCGGCGGUGAUUGGACUGCAAGAAUUGCGGUGUCAUUAGAAAACCCACAGAUUAUGGACCAUCUAUUCCUCGAAGAGAUAUCAUUGUUAUUUUAUACCGCUAUCGAGGAUGGCACAAAGGGUUGGAUAAAAGCUAAUCUUGGAGAUUACGAUCGCUUGACAGGAAUAGAAGGAAAUACGCAGGGAUUGGGAUCUUUUAGUAUAAAUGUGAAUUUAAUAAAUGGUACUAUAGAAGAGCAUUCCUUUCUAUCGACAGUCGCUCUCGGUCUAAAUGUGUUGAAAGGAACAGUUUUGCAAAAUCUCCGCAUCGCGGCCCAGAAGGGAUCUUUGAAGAAACAUUUAGUUUUAGCUGGUGAACAGUUGCCUUUGCUUCCCGAAGGCAAGAGAGAGGAUCCGAAUUUCGUUGUGACUCAAGUGACGGGAAAAAUUCCUUUUGAGAUCGAAGUUAGUUAUGAAUCUGGCAGUUUCAGUAAUAGGAUGGAUAAAUUAACAGGAAACAAUUAUGAUGAGGCUCUUAAAGAACAUAGAGAACAGUUCUCAAAGAAAUUUGAAAGUGUUUUCAAUCUGAAGUCUAAGGGAUACAAGGACGAUGAAGUGGCGUUCGCGAAGAUGGCGUUUUCGAAUCUUAUAGGUUCGAUAGGUUACUUUUAUGGAACUUCACAGGUGCAAAGUACCUAUACUCAGGGACCUGUGCCUUAUUGGAAAGCACCUUUGUAUACUGCCGUACCAAGUAGAAGCUUUUUUCCACGAGGUUUUUUGUGGGACGAAGGUUUUCACGGUUUAUUGAUUUCUGUUUGGGACACAGAGAUAGAAUUGGAUAUUAUAAGCCAUUGGUUUGAUUUAAUGAAUAUCGAGGGCUGGAUACCAAGAGAGAUGAUUCUUGGUGAAGAAGCUGUAGCUAAAGUUCCCAAGGAGUUUAUAACUCAAAUCAACACGAAUGCAAAUCCGCCUACAUUUUUUUUGACGCUAGAUUUUUUGCUCCAGCGUAGCGAGCAGGACUUAUUGAAACAUAAUUUCCAUUUGCUUGACAAACUGUAUCCACGACUGCAGGCAUGGUUCUCAUGGUUCAAUACCACGCAAAUCGGCGAGCUACCUGGUACAUACAGAUGGCGAGGCAGAGAUGAAAAGGCUACUAGAGAAUUGAAUCCCAAAACGCUGACAUCUGGCUUGGAUGAUUACCCCAGAGCUUCUCAUCCGAGUGUCGCUGAGCGUCACGUCGAUUUGCGUUGCUGGAUCGCAUACGCUGCUCGCGUUAUGGCUAACAUUGCUGAAAUGUUGAGUUAUCCUGCCAAAAAGUAUCAAGAAACAUAUCGGUAUCUAUCCGACAAUAAUUUGUUGAACGAGCUACAUUGGUCGCCGAAUGCGCAAGCAUAUUCCGACUACGGUUUGCACACUGACAAGGUGGUUCUACAAAAAAUCGUGCCACCGCCAUCCCGCAAACAGCAAUCUAAUGUGCAAAUAACGCCAGAAAUGACACGUGUUGUACUGGAAAAACCAUUGUUGAAAUUUGUCGAUACAACUUUUGGAUAUGUAUCAUUGUUUCCUUUCAUUCUUCAGAUUGUCGAACCCGAUUCGCCUCAGUUGGGGAAGAUACUGCAGGAUCUACGAGAUCCUGAUUUGCUAUGGACAAAAUACGGACUGCGUUCGCUCGCGAAAACGUCACCUUUAUACAUGAAAUAUAAUACACAGCACGACGCGCCUUACUGGCGCGGUCCUAUCUGGAUAAACUUGAAUUACUUGACAGUGCGAGCAGCAUAUUAUUAUUCUAAUGUAAAGGGACCGUACCAGGAAAGCGCAAAAAAGAUAUACCAAGAGUUGCGAAAAAAUUUGAUACAAAAUAUUAUUAUACAAUAUAAAAAGACCGGAUAUUUGUGGGAACAGUAUGAUGAUACAGAAGGAAAAGGUAAAGGAAGUCAUCCUUUUACUGGUUGGACUUCUUUGGUAGUAUUACUUAUGGCAGAAAUAUAUUAAAUGUGAUGUUAAUGUAUAUAGUGUUGCGUCUUUGCGUUCCUAGUACUGGCUGGGCGUAACAAUAUAUUGACUUUGAUCAUUCAAAAUUACUUCAUCGAAAAUGAAA